AUGAUGCUUGCUCUUGCUCGUAUUCCGAAAAAGCAUUAUACAUCUAGAUAAAACUUUUAAAUCUUACAAUAUUUGUACUACCACAAUAAUAAACUUUGUAGAUCCAAAACUUUCAAAUCUAAGACUACGAACUUUAUACUACAACAUUAAUAAAUUUUCUAGUUCCAAAAACUUUUAAAUAUUAAACUAUAAACUUUGUAUUACCACGUAAAUAAAUUUUGUUAGAUUCAAAAUUUUCAAAACUGAAACUAUAAAUUUUGUACUACCAUAUUAAUAAAGUUUGUAUUUUCAACAACUUUUAAAUCUGAAACUAUAAACUUUGUACUACCACACUAAUAAACCUUAUAGUUCCUAAACUGUCAAAUCUAAGACUAUAAACUUUAUAUUGCCACGUGAAUAAACUUUGUAACUUUAAAUAUGAAAUUAUGAACUUUAUACUACCAUAUUAAUAAACGUUGUAGUUCCGAAAACUUUCAAACUUGAAACUAUAACUUUGUGCUACCACAUUAUGUACUUCCCUUACUCUUGGUUCUCAAGUCUAAUAUUAUGCAAUCACAUGAAUCCAAUAUACUUUGUGCUCCCUAAGUCUAAGUAACUAAUUUGUUGGAAAAAAAUAAAUCGCAGGAGAGAUUAUUGAGAGACAGGACGAAUAGAGGGGAGGAUAGGAGCAGGCAACAACGAUAUGACACAGGAGAGAUAAUUUAUGCGAGGGGAAUGGAUAAGGUUACCUGGGUUCACACAGCCACACAAUGAGAAAGAAUAAAGGAAUUUUGAUCACGCAGUCACUCUAUACGCCAGCAAACGAGCGCUAAGAGUAAGGCUAAUGAUUUAGCCUGCUGCUACCUGCAAGAAUCUUUGCAGCUCAUCUAUUAGACUAUUUGUAUAGUGGUUUAGCUCUUCAUCAUUAAUAUAUGACCCACUUAUCUAUCUCACAAAAAUUAUUGAUUCUUGUAUCGAAGCUAGUUGUAAAUUUACAGCCCACUUCUCCUCUCUCUUCUUUUCUCUCUCCUCCACCUCAACAUUCAGUCUACUUAUAGCCUACCAUAAUAUUUGCUCUAACUAGGAAUUUUGCCUCUUCACUACCUCGUAGUAUGAGUUGCGCUCAAAAGGGUCCUCUCUCUCAUGACUACUUAUCCCCUCCGGUUCAUUAAGGACAAUGACGUGGUAGAUGAUUAUUCAACCCCUAUUAGAGUCAUGCUGAUGUGGCGGUCAAUACGAGCCCUCUGGCCCUCUUGGACUUGCUCUUAUAUUCAUGAUGCUCGUGAUAAGCUUCACUAUUUCACACAAAGUACCGAUGAUAGUUUUCCUGUCGUCGGUGAUUUUUCCUCGGUCGUCGGUCGUCGGUCGUCGGCGCUAACACUAGAUUACCGCCGCCCGGCCAUUUGUUUCAAAAAAAAAAGUAAUAAACACGGAAAUCGCAGUCAGCCACCUGCCAGGAAUGCUCGGAAAUUGUUGUACAUCGUGUAGUGCUUGGUGGUGAAUAUGACAGAAUUGAAGUAGCAUCACUCUUGCAAAUCAUGAAUUAAAUAUGCUCUUUAGAUUCAUCUCGUGAUUUACAAGUCAUCUGUAUAAAAAAGUUUUGUAAACAUAUCUUAUUUAAUACUUCUAAAUAGCAAUAUUCUCUUUGAUGGGGUGUAAAAUUUUUGGAGAGGGAACCAAUAAGGAGGUACGGUGUUUGGUUCAUGGAACUUAUGUAAAAGUCUCUGGUACUUUAGUCCCUAAAGAAUCAAACAGGAGAGAUUUUUUGAGGCUAAAGUGCUAGUUGGAGUUAAAGAAUCAGAAGUUCCUCUUGAGUAGCUUUUUGAGACUAAAAGACUACAUGAGACCUACUAUUCCACCCCUACCCCUUGUCCUGCCUCUUGGAUGCAUUCAGAUCUAAUAAGCUACUUUAUGCACUCAUUUAAUAACCUCUAGCCUCUUUUAGUCCCUGGAACCAAACAAGUACGAACUAAAGUUUUUAUUCCGGGGACUAAAAUUAGUCUAGAGAUUUUUGGCAACCAAACACCACCUCAAUCGUGCUGCUACAUCAGUCUAUAAAAAGAACUCCUACACAUAGCCUUGCAAUUACGCUGGGGACGUUCAGACCUUCUACUAUAGAGGUUAGUACGCUGCUCCCACGCGCAUGCUUUUCCAUUGGGCUGAAUAAUCUUUGAGACCCUCCUGUUUUUUUGAAACAUGUUAUAUAUCCGUAGUUUUGGAACAAUUAUUGGAUCGGAACGGUCCAAGAAUAUAUAUGACCAUAUUUAUUAUAUGGAGCCAUAGUCCAGCGCAAGCGCCCCUUUCUUCUGUUGUGAUAUACGCAAAUUUCGUUCAUUGCCUAUACCUUAAGCCAAAGGCCCAAAUUUCUGUGUUGGCUGCACAGAAUGGUGAAGGCAUCCAACGCAAAACAAAGAAAUGUUACAUACUUCCUCCAUUCCCAAAUUAUAGAUCGUUUUAAUUCUUUUAUAUUCAUAAAUUUUAGUAUGCACCUAAUCAUUCACUAUGUCUAGAUACAUAAAUUUAGAAAACUCAAAAAUGGCUUGUGAUUUGGAACGGAGAGUAAGAUUUAAGAUGAUAUCACAUUUUUACAAUGGUUAUCUAUGAAAUCUUAACUUACUGUAACUGAUUGGAAGCUGCACAUUAAUUCUCAUUAGACGUGUUUGAAAAAACAUAAAUCUAGAAAUUCUCAGAAAAAAACGGUGCAUGUAGAAAUUUACUAAAAUAAUCAUGAUGAAAAACAAUACCGUCCGAUCUCCACAUUUGCCAAAAGUAGCCACAAGAGUAACCUCCAAAAGUUUCUUUAGAAUUACCCACGUAUGUCUCGUAAAUCUAAGGAAAACAUGUCCUAGAAUCUCACACAACCAAUUGAUAUAAAGGUCCCAUAAGGUCGGUCUCAGCGUCUACAAUUACUUAGACGGGAAACUAGGUAACCGUACUGGCUGAGUUUAUGGGAUGAAACUCCUCUCACAUAUGACGAAGCUCUCCUUUCUCCCUAAUCAUAAUGAUCUUUUCAUGUCAGCAAAAAUCAAUGAUGUGACAUAGAAUAUAAUACUAUCAAACUUUCCAUGAAAUCACCAUUGAGAUUAGUUUAAACCCUACUCCAUCCGUCCUAGAAAGAAUGCAACUCUCGUUUCCCGCAAAGUCAAACAAUUUCAAAUUUAACCAAAUUUAUAUAAGAUAUUAUUAACUGUAGGAUGUGAGUUUUGUUUUAUUCCCUCUGUUGCAAAUUAAUUACAGGUCAUCUUUUAGAAAUAUAGAUAUAUAGGUUUUGCUACCUAUAUUUAGGUGCCUAGAAAAAAUAAUAUAUUUAAAUUUGCCAUAGUAACCUAUAAUAUGAAAUGGAGGGAAUACUUUUUUAGCCCAUGUAACCCAACUUUUUCUUAUUUUAGCUCUUGAUAUUUUCAUACACACUAUAUGUCUGUGAACUAGUUACCAUUGCUUUUUUUCUCACAACCAUACUUAAAAGUGAUAUGAUAUCAAAUUAAUUCUAAAUUUAGGUAUGAAAUAUGAACUACGGUGGAACAACACUACUAAAUGAUAGAUUACGUAAAAAAAACUAACGCAACAAAAACGAACUAAAACGGAACUAAACCAUAGAGGCAAUCAAAGAUUUGCGAGAUUCAAAGAACAGUGCUCGCAAAAAGGAUAAAGAUCAGGGGUAGAUCUGAGAAAAGAUGGGCUCGAACUGAACUGCAGGAACCUAACACUUAGGAGGGGGGUAUCCGUAAAAUACGCAAAACACAAGGAAAGCUAAAAGGUUACCAGAUUCCAUAGGGGCCCUUGUACAAAAUCUAGAAAACUCUAGAUAAAUUAUUUAAUUCAAAAAAUAUAUUCUGAAAAUUCUAGAAAUUCAAAGAAAAAUUCUGGAGAAAAUUUGGGACACGUGGAAUCCAAAUAAAAUACAUGAAUGUUAUGAAAAAGAUUCUAGAACUUCCUGUUAAAUGGAUUUAGCUCAAGGAAAAAUAAAAAUAACUGCCAGGAAAUUUUGAAAAUUCUCAAAAAUUUAGAGAAUAAAUAAUUAUAUUUGAAAAGAUAUUCACAACCUAAAAUUUUGGGGUGUGACAGUCUGCACCAUCCUCGGCCUCCGCGGCUCUACCACUGCCACAAUCUUGCUCGUUGCCACCAACUAGUAGAGCCAUUAUUGCAGCACACCAUGCUAACGACAGCAAGACCAUUGCCCCUAGUCUUCAUCAUUUCUAAAAAAAAAAUGUAAAUUCCAUGUUGUGUAAGAUAUCUGGUAAAAUAUGCAAAUUAACAAGAUAAUCAGCCUUUUCUGGAAAAACAUAGAUUCCCCUAGUGUUAGAAAAUUGUUUUUGCUUUAAAUGCGGUGAAUUAUUUUUUUAGAGUCCACCAAAGGGGAGGUGUAUAGAGUUUUGAUUGCAGCUCCAUUUACCGCAUACUAGAUGAAAAUCAUAAGAAUAGAUUAUGCUCAAUUUUCUAAAAAGAAGUCAAUGCAUAUUCUUACUAGUUUUUGCAUAUAGCCAUUUUUCUUGCAUAAAAAUAUUCUUUUUUUCUGCAGAAAAGGGUGGAGAUAGAAAAUAUUUAAAUAUAAUAUGGAGAAUUUAAAUAAUUCGAACAUGAAGCCAACUGGUCUGUCCUUUCAUAUGUUGAAAGAAAUCACUAAUGAUUUUUCAACAAAAAUUGGACAUGGUGGAUAUGGAGAGGUUUACAAGGGAGUUUAUAAUGGGAAAGAUGUUGCUGUAAAGAAGCUCUAUGACCUGCGAGGACUUGAUGAUAAUCUCUUUAAGAAUGAACUUAACAGCCUAAUGAGGGUUCAUCAUCAAAAUAUAGUUCAGUUACUUGGCUACUGUUAUGAAAUAAGCCAUGAAUAUGUUCAUGAAAAUGGUGAAACUUUUUUUGUUAGAACGGACCAUAGAGUCCUGUGCUUCGAAUAUUUGCAUGGUGGAAGCCUUGACAAGCAUCUAUAUGAAGAAUCUUCGGGAUAUGAUUGGUGUACUCGUUACAAGAUAAUUAAAGGGAUCUGUGCAGGUUUAAAUUACCUUCACGUGGGACAAAAAAAGCCCAUGUUUCAUCUAGAUCUAAAGCCUGCCAACAUAUUGCUAGAUAAAAAUAUGGUGCCAAAAAUUGCAGAUUUUGGCUUGUCAAAAUUGUUGACUGGUACACAUAGCCAUGUUACAGGGGGAAAUAAGUUCAAAGGCACCCUCAACAAAACAUGCAGUGCCUACGUGCCACCAGAGUACAUAAACAGCCGCCAUAUCAGCGAUAAGUAUGAUAUAUUCAGUUUAGGUAUCAUAAUCAUAAAGAUUAUCACAGGAGCUGAGGGCCACUCUAAGUAUGUUGAAAUGUCAUGCUCAGAACAAUUUAUUGAGCAUGUGCACAAUAACUGGAGGAACAGACUGGAGGCAACAUCAAUGCACGUAGAAGAAUACUGCCAGCAAGUGAAGAGAUGCAUCAAGAUAGCAUCAAACUGCCUUGAGCCUGAUAGAAAAAAGCGACCCACAAUUGGGCAUAUCAUCAACGAGUUGCUAGAGACUGAAACUGUCAUUUGUGAACCCUUUCCAGAGGAGUCCAGUAGUGAGAGUACAGUGGAAGAAAGAAGUAGUGCAGAGGAGGAGGAGGUCGGGCUUCCCAUGGUCGGCCCCUGGGGAGGAAAUGCUGGGAAGGCUCACACCAUUAAGGGGGCAUCUCAUCGCCUGGAAAGCAUAACAAUUUGGAGUGCUGAUAUUGUAGAUGCACUUGCAUUCUCAUACAGUGAACCUAGUGGGAAGAAGCACAAUGUAGGUCCAUGGGGCGGUCCUGGUGGAAGUGCUAAUAGGAUUCACUUUAGCCCUUCGGAAUAUCUGAUGGAAGUUUCUGGAACAACUGGGCCAUAUGUAUGUGCAGCUGUUGAUGUGGUACUAUCCAUUAAGCUGGUCACUAACGCAGGUAGCUAUGGACCUUUUGGCUCAGAAAGAGGAGGAACUUCUUUCAAGACUUCAGUGCAGAACAAUGGCAGCAUUGUUGGCUUCUUUGGGCGUUCCGCGACUUUUGUCCAUGCUAUUGGUGUCUACAUGGCUCACAACAAUAAUCCCACCACCUCUGUCAGUAAUCGUGUCCAAAGGGAGAUCGAAAGUGAUUGGAUGGAAGCAAAUUUUGACCUUGAAACGAUAGAGGAAGGAGACAUAGAAGAGGAUGAUAAUGUGCCUUCAAAGAUUGGACCGUGGGGUGGAAAUGGAGGGAUAGCUCAUGAUAUGAAGGUAGUACCCCACCGUAUGGAAAGCGUGACAGUAUGCAGCGAUGCAGUCGUCAAUUCUCUUACAUUUUCGUACAAUGACCGUAACGGGAAGCAGCGGAUGUUAGGUCCUUGGGGAGGUCCUGCUGGGAGCUCUUUUACAAUUCGGCUUGGAGCCUUUGAGCAUCUGAAGGGAAUUGUCGGAACAUUUGGUCCAUUUGAUGCAGCAGGCAAUGUUAUAACAUCACUUACUUUUACCACAAACAUUCGAAAAUAUGGACCUUUUGGACGAGGAGGAGGAACUGAGUUCACGGUUCCAGUGGAAACACAUGGCGGCAUUGUUGGCUUCUUUGGACGCGCCGGGACUUAUCUUGAAGCACUAGGGGUCUACAUUCGAAUAUACUGACUAAUAAAGCAGAGUUGAUAAGAUAUUCAGAAAUAUUAAUCUGGUGAUGAGCUGAAUUUUUCCAAGUUGAUUUGUAUGAAUGAAGUAAACACAGCUUGUGUAUUAGGCCACACGAUCUUGUUAUUUGUGUGUCAGACUAUCCUACUUUUUUUGAGAGGACUAUCCUGCUUAUUUUUAUUACAAUACAAAGUCUGCAUUACUACAUUCAUUGAGAUCUUGUUCAAAUACCUUAGCAAAACAGAAACUCCAUGUAAUUGAAAGAAUACACGUGUUCCGGUGCAGAACAUCCUAAUUUCUCGUUAUCUUAUAUAGGGAUCUCGUAUUAAAAUUAAGAAUCUGCAUCUCAUAUAAUAAGUUGGAUUCAGGGGUUUGUACACUUGUAGUAUAUAGUACUAAUAUGUGAAAGUUUUGAACAUUGAAUUAGUUUUUCAUGUAACUAUUCAUUCAAUCAGGAUUUGGUAGUUAUAUUCAUAUAACAAACUGUGUAGUCAAACUUGUUACGCUUGCAGGUUCUCCUUCGGUACGUGUAUAUAUGUAACAUGUGGCUUAUCUGGUACCGUCACUCAGUUUCUACUAGUUCUAUUUUCUUGAGUUCUUUUUACCAUCUUCUUCAUGGAUCCUGCAGAUUUAAGCAGUGAUGGACUCUUACCAGAAAAUAUCAGCCUUCGCAUUGCAGAAGUGGCUGGCCGGAGCCAGAUCUGUCCUAUGAGCUAGGGAUCGGAGCUGGGAGUAAGGUUCUCCAUGAUCAGUUUGGACAAGAAGUGACAAGCAUAUGCGUGGCCUAAGGUAAAGUGACAAGCAACCAGAAGGUGGUACACCCAGGAGCUGCAUACCGAAAUGCUGAUGUUGUUGGUUAAUCUAUAGUUUUAGUCGGUGGUUUGCCUCCAGUGUUAUAGAUUUGUCUCAGUCAUGAGUUACAGAGUUCUUGGAGCAGAGUAUUUCUAUCUUCACUUCUUGGAUGUCCAC